AUGACACCUUUGGAAUCACCCAUGGCUGGUGAUUUCUUCCUCGAUAGCCCUGUUCCCCCGAAGCUCGACCUCACUGGUGCACGGUCACAGUUCUAUCGCUCUCCUCGAACUCCAUCCGCGACAUCGUCCCUCAGUCGUUCGGUAACGUCUUCAGGUCACCCAAACAGUCGCAAGCGUGCAAGAUACGGCUAUAAUGACUUCGAUAGCCAUCAUACAUCAAGCAGUCUCGCAUGGGGAGGAGACCUCUCAACUCAGUUUACUGAUCCGACCAGCCCUGCUCCGCUUGCGAAUACCGACUACAGAUUAGCUGGCGGGGGUUUGGAAGCACACAAAGUGCCCCUUGCAUCUGCUGGAACGGCACUGGAGCUUGAAGAUAAUGGAGCGGAGCUAGACUAUAGACCUAGUCGAUACUCUACGUAUCCGCUAACAACAGGUGAAGGGAAUAAGAGGAAACGAGAAAGGCCGACCUCGGCUGGCAAUGACACAGAAGAAAUUGAUGAUUCAUCUGUAUCGACAUCGUUUGGCUGGGGAAGAGCCGUGAUGAACCUGGUUGGAGGAGUCGCAGGAAAAGUCUGGGACUUCUGUUGGUCUGGUGCAUUCCGUGGUUUCUAUGCUGGCGGAGGGAGAGGCUACGAUAUGAAUGCCCCAGCAGUGACUGCGGAGGUCACGCCGUCUCUCGAUCAAAGUGCCUGGGAGAAGCUAAAUCAGCUUGAAAGCCCGCUGACCCCAAAACCUUUGAUAUCAAAUGACCCCGCUUCCAUCGAUAGACCCCAACCAGACAGCGAUUGGGUGCUGGUUAAGACCGAGAAACGUUUCGGCGAAACCACUCCGUCAUCUUUGCCCCGCAGGGUUAAUCGUCGAGGUAGUUUGACACACCACGGUGGUUUGCGAAGGCAAGGUGCCAAAUCUACACCAAAGAAGCCUAGUUUGAUUCCGGUCAGACCAUCCUCCUCACUGGCCCAGAAAUAUCAGUCCUCUUCCACUUUUUCACCCAGCUCUCCAGCUCCCAGUAAUCCUUCAAGAACACCGAAUGAGAGCCCUCUCGCUCUCGAGGCCCAGCGAUAUGCCGCGAAGAUCCGUCGCAGGGAAAAGGAGGAAGACGCAAGCAUUCGUCGACUAAACCAACAACUAAAAGCUAUGAUCCGGGAAGGAAAAGAAGCGCUGGGGACGAAAAUUGAAAUUGACGAGACGAUGGACGUUGAUGACUACGAAUGA